UAAUGACCAUAUAAGUGCAUGUUUGGCAGCAUUUUAUGUAGAUGUACAUAAUCAAUGGAACAUGACCCGGUCAAAAGCUCCAGUCAAAUAAAAUCUACUGAAAAUAAAUAAAUAAAAAUAACUUGUGCAAAUUAUUAUAUUAAUAUAGUUACAAAAAGUUACAAUUUAAUUUGAAAAAAAAACGACUUUUUAGUGAAAUAAUAUUUAUAAUUUUUUUCAUAAUAAAAAUGUGUGUGUGUAUUUAAUUGUUAAAAUAAAUAAUUGGGUCAAAUAUUUAUUUCAUUAAAAUAAAAUAAAAAAUGCUCAGUGACUAUAUUGAAUAUUAAUAAUAAUGGAACAAAAAACAGGAAAUUGGAAUAUUGGAGGUGUAACUGAGGUAUCAACGAUUUUUCAUCCUCGAAGAAUACGUGGACCAAGUAUUAUUCUGAGUGAUGAUCAUACUGGUCAUACUGUUCCAUAUAUCAGUCCAGUUCAAAUCGUUUUGGAUAAUUCAGGAGGAUGUGAACAAUCUGGUGGUUGUGGAGCUGAUUUAGCAUCAAGUUGUCGAUCACUUGAAGCUGGAAGUUGUACUACUGUUAGUGGUGGUAAUGGCCAAGGACAUAAUCAACCCUCAUGUAUUGGUGGUAGUAGUAGUAGUGGUGGUGGUGGUGUUCCAGUUACAUUUCAAACAAGAAGACAUUCAAUCACAAGAUGUUAUGAUUCAUGCUGUGCUGAAUCAGCAAAAAAAAUUUAUUAUGGAGUUUGUGUUACUGUUUGUGUAACAGCAACAUGGGUUGGUGCAACUCAUUGUAUUAAAUAUUUAUAUUUUCAAAAACCCGAAUCAAAUAUUAGUCAAACAUUGUCAAUUAAUUCAUCAUCAUCAUCAUCAUCGUCAAGUGGACUUUAUCAUAAAUCAAUGAUUCUUCCUUAUAAUGCACCAUUUUUUACAACAUGGUUUUGUACAAAUUGGACAGUAUUGUAUUUUCCAAUAUACUUUAUUUGUCGUAUUAUUAAAACAAAAUGCAAUAAUCCAACUGAAAUAAUUGCUGAAAGUUUACGAGGUUUUCGUGACAAAGGUUUUACUGGUGGAAGAUUUUUAACAAGAUGUAGUUUAUUUUGUGGUCUAUGGGUCGCAACAAAUUACAUGUAUAUUCAUUCAUUAAAAAUAUUAUUUGCCACAGAUGUUAUGGCAUUGUAUGCAACAAAUGUUGCUUGUGUUUAUUUAUUAUCAUGGGUUAUUCUUCAUGAGCAAUUUGUUGGUGUGAGAAUUGUUGCAGUUAUUCUUUGUGAUACUGGUAUAGCAUUAUUGGCAUAUAUGGAUGGUAUAACUGGUAGUCCAACAUUAUUUGGUGUUGUUCUUGCUGCAUCAGCUGCUGCUGGAUCAGCAGUUUAUAAAGUAUUAUUUAAAAAAGUCAUUGGUCAUACAACAUUUGGACAAAUGUCAUUAUUUUUUUCACUAAUUGGACUUUGUAAUGCUGCAUUACUUUGGCCAGUAUGUUUAGCUUUAUAUUUUUCGGGUGCUGAAAGUGUUCAAUGGGCACGUUUACCAUGGGCAACAUUAUUAUCAGCAAGUAUUCUUCAUUUAGCUUCAAAUAUGUUGGGACAUUUUAGUGUUGCAUUAACAUAUGAUUUAUUUAUAACACUUGGUUUAAUAACAGCAGUUCCAGUAUCAGCUGCACUUGAUGUCGUUCUUUAUGGUGCUCAUUUUGUUGGAAUGAAAUUAGCUGGAAUAAUUUUAAUUGCUGUUGGAUUUUUUCUUGUAAUGUUUCCUGAUAAUUGGCCAGACUACAUAACUCGUUUACUUCGAAACAUAGUCGCCAUGAGUCACAGUGCAAGUCGUACAUCAAGAAAUUCACAAGAACAAGGAAUUUCAAUGACUUCAACUGGUGGUGCUACUGGUCUUGGUGGUGGUGGUGGUGCUACAACAACUACAACAACUACAACAAAGAAUCGAAGGCAAUCAUUACAACAACGUCCUUUUCGACGAAAUUAUGGAGUUUCUUCAUCAAAUGGUGAUGGCCAAACUCUACUUCCAAUAACUACAACAAAUAUACACAAUAAUUACAACAACAACAACAAUAAUAAUAAUAAUAAUAAUAAUAAUAUUAAUAAUUAUAAUAUUGCCAACAAUAAUAAUUCCUCAUCCCAAAUUGAACCAACAUCCACAAUUAACAACAACAACAAUCACCACCAUCAUCAUCAUCGAUCGAACAACAUCUUGUCACAAAAUCAACUGCAAGAUGGAGUAGAAGACACAGACAUGGUUUAUCAAGAGGCAACUCGCGUGAUGUAAUUGAUUAUCGAACUGGUUACAUUAAAUCACAUCUUAGAUCACCAUCUGGACGAGUUCGGUGACUACUACUAAUACUACUAUCUCUAUUUAAAUACACUGCAUAAUAUAAAUCAACAUCUAAAUAUCAGAUGAAAAUUUUUAUUGUACAAAUUAAUUGCCAUAAUUAAAUAUAUAUAUAUUGAAUUUACAAAUUA